AUGUCUCCCGCUUACAUGAUGGAUAAUGUGGACACUAUGUCCGAGGUCACUCAGGCCAUUUCCAAGCUGGAAUCUUUUGAUGCCGACUUGCGGUACAUGGGGUUGAGUGACCUAAAGAGCAUAUUCGAGGGUCCUCAGCGACUGACUCUUGUAUCCGAGCACUAUCGUGUUUUGCAACAAAUCAAGUCAGAGGUUUUAAAGCACCUGGCCGAUCCAAUUACAGAGGUUCAGACGCAGGCAGUAAAAACUCUAGGCCCUCUGAUCAAAUUGUUGCCGGAACAUGAGAUUGUCUCUGUUAUAAGCUCAAUUGCCACCCAAAAGUCUUCUACUGUCCUCACAUUGGCGCUGCGAACAGUCAUCCAGAGUUCGCUGAUCUCGGCUUCUAUUGGAGAUGUUAUUGUCCAGCUAGUACUCCAAAGGAGUAACGAAACUGAAUACAAACCCAGAAUUGAAGACUGUGAUGUUGUAAAUGAUUUGAUUCGGCGCUUUGGGCCGUAUUUAGAGCAGCCAAACAUCAACCCUCUGUUAGAGCUCAUUAUGACUAGGGUCGAGAAAAAACAAGGCACAACUGGUAAUAUUGUGCGUAGGCGCUCGUUUGAGGCGUUGGGACUGCUUGCUCCUUUUGAAUCAGAUGAACAAUGGGAAGCCCAGAGGCACUUUAUCGCCUCAACUCUUGUGCCGCCGGCCGCUGCGAGUAUAAAUGGUGUCAAAUUGGUGAUGGAUUUAUGUACCACGGCUCCAAAUCGGGUUAGCACCAUUCCCAAUGUCGUCAAAUCCAUUCUUGAUAUUGCUCAAACUGUUGAAAUCGACGAAACUAAUGUCGAGCUUAUUGAGCGCUCACUAGCCGCUACAGAGACCUUGUACCUCUCUGGCCAUAUUUCCGCUGCUCAGGUUGUUGAAUUGGUAAAAAAGUUUACCCAGUAUAACCCCAACUACGUCGGUGGCGAUGAUACCGCAGAAGAUGAAGAUAUGGGCAGCGAGUUUGAAUUGUCUGAUGACGAGGAUUUUGGAUAUGACGAUGAUCUGUCUUGGAAGCUUCGUAGAUAUGCGGUGAGACUGGCUAUCGAUGUUGCAGAAAACGACCAAGUCCAAGCUGUACAGCUUGUUCAUCCGCUAAUUGAGCUGUUGCGUAUUGAAAGUGAGCAAGCGGUUCAAGAACAAGCUGUCGCUGCACUUGUAAACUUCACCACUACCCCCGAGCUUCUCGAUGAGAUCAGGCCUCACGUUGGUUUGUUUAUUGAUCUGGCAAGCAAAGAGCAAUCGACCGGUGUUUACCUUCCUUUACUAUCUGCUCUUGCCGAUACAGAUGCUCUUGGUCAGGCUCAAAUCCAGAGUAUAGUGUCCAUUGCGGCAUCGAGAUCCAAGCGGGCCGUUCUUCCAGCUACCUUAUCUCUUGUGCAGUCGCUGGCAUCUGAAAUUGGCCCUGAGCCCAAACUUUUACCAUUAGUUGCCCAAGGACUCGCUGAUGUCGAAUAUCAAACCGUCACUUUGGCACUUGAUGCUGCGCUAGCCUUGGGCAGUCCUGAACUUGUUGAAACUGUUUACAACGUACUUCGGAAAACACAAAACCUGUCCAUUCAGGGCCAAGCCCUCAAGGUUACUGCUGCUAUUACCGAUGAAGCACACUCAGAACAGGUACUUUUAUAUGAGCUGAACGCGCUAGAUAAGCCUGAUCUACAAGUACCCGCUUUAGCCGCUAUUCAAGAGCUUGUUGAGAGGUUCCAUCUGAGCGAUGCAGCCAUAACUCAAGCAGCCAUCAGAGUACUGGAGCUCCUAAAGUCUUCCAAACUUCGAGCAGUUGCAUACGCUGCUUUCCGAAUUCUCAGACGUUUGGCGAACCGCAACCGUAUGUUAUCAAGCGAUAUAUUCGAAGCCGCGCAGUCUCAUGAUACCUGGGAUCCCACCACCACGGUUUAUAAAUGCGAGCUAUUAUCUGAAAUUUCCAGUACAGCGGGUGUUGCAGACUUUGCUCUGGCAGCAGGCAGACGUUUCUGUGAUAUCCCCGGUGCAGACGAUACGCAGCUAGCGAUCAUCAAGCUUUGGGGAGCUAUUGCCUCUACAAGCUUUGCACCAGAACUACUCGCCAAGGCACAAGAAGCCGCAUCUUUAGGGAAAGGCGCACAGUUCUGGGCACAAGUUGUAGCAGAAGUUGCUGUUAUCGCAAAUGUACCAGUUGACGUUAGUUUUGAUGAGUUUGGAGUGUAUCUCAUCACUGCCCUAGCAGAACGAAAUCGCAGUGCAACAAGCCUUGGUGAUCUUGCACAGGCUAUCAAAUCCAAUGAGGUGUCGCCGUUAGUACUUGGCCCAGCCAUGGCAGAGCUAGCCCUCUCAUCGGGGAAGAAGACGGAGCUUUACCAAGCUGCCAGUGCUGCGUCAGACGUUGCAUCCGCCGAGAUGUACCUAUCUGCAUUAGAAGUUUUGCUGCAGCGAGAACCAGAUGCUGAAAUCAUUUUAGUUGCUCGGAAGCUUGUGGAUGUUCCACCUGGCCCAGACCUCCAGUUGGUGGGCAAACUUCUUGGUCAAGCUGUCUCAUCUUUGGCUGAGGGAUUCGACGUCUUGAAUGGUUGGCCUGUUUUAUAUCAGCUUGUCGGUGCAAAGCAUGCCUUUAAAACCGUUCCUGCCAGUUCCCAGAUUGAAUUAGAGAACAUUUUUGUGGGGCAUUUGACCGAUACUGAUAUCCAUGUACGCGAGACGGCUCUAGAGGCUUUGAGCUGGGCAUUGCAGCAAGCCAAGGGGGCGUCCUCACCACUUUCAAAGCUUAUCCCAGGUAUUAUUCAAUCUACCUAUGUCGACAAGAGUCUCUUAGAAGUCAUUCAAAUGGGUCCGUUCAAGCAUACAGUUGAUCACGGUCUUGCUGCGCGGAAAACUGCAUAUGAGGCUCUAUACGCCUUGGCAAGCACUCGGGGCAACGAAAUAGCUCGGGCUUCAGGUGCUCAGCUGGUUGAUGCUUUGGUUCGAGGACUCAGAGAUGAGCAUGAUGUGCGCAUGUUGGCACUGUACAUACUUGAGGCGCUAGCAUCUAGCGGUCCUUCGUCUUCGCGACUGUUGGCAGAAGCAAAGCCUCUCCUCUCUGAGGCUUUCACAGAAAUCGAGGCAAUCAAGGUGCGGGAAACCUCAGUUAAACAAGAGCACGACCGCCAAGCGGAGGCCCUUCAAGCCCUCGACGUCACUAAGCGUGCGAUUGGAAUGAUCUGA